UUAUCACAAUGAACGGGGCAUGUCGGGCGAUUAGUAGAUUUUUUAUUAACCUUGUUCGAGCUGCAGGAAUUUGGAGCCUCCAUAUAGAGGGCAUCAAAGCGUUUGCUCUUUCCGUAUUUUCAAUCCAACACCAAUUCGAUAUUAUAUCAUAUCAUAUCAAAACACAAAUCAUGAGCACCACAAUGAAAGCACUUCGUCUUAUCCUCGAAUAUCCUGGAGGAGUACCUAAAUUAGUCUUGGAGGAUGUCCUAAAACCUACCUUAAGACUAAAGCACCUUGUUGUUAAAGUCUAUGCUUCAGCAAUACAUCCAAGCGAUGUCCUCAAUUCUAAAGGUGGCUUCCCAUAUACCACAUUUCCGCGAGUUCCAGGACGAGAUUUCUCAGGAAUCGUAGUGGAAGGUCCGUCUGAUAGAAUUGGAGAGGAAAUUUACGGUACUAGUGGUAACACUAUUGCCUUCACCGAGGAUGGUUUCCAGGCCGAGUAUUGUCUCGUUCCCGAAAAUGCUGUCGCACCAAAGCCAAAAAGUCUCUCGUUCACUCAGGCAGCUUGUGUCGGUGUUCCAUUCACGACUGCAAGUCUCAUGCUUUCGCGCGCACAUGCGAAGAAAGGGGAGACAGUAUUAGUCAUAGGCGCGAAUGGUGCCGUUGGGUCGGCAAUUGUGCAAUUGGCUAAGAGCAUGGGAUGUCGAGUUUUGUCUGCGACCAGAAGUGAUAAUGAUGAUAUUAAUACUGCUACCGAUCCCGAACUCAAAGCUGUUGACAGUUUGACGGCUGGCAAGGGUAUUGAUGUUGUGGCGGAUACUGUAGGUCAACCCCUUUUAGUAAAAGCUGCCAUCAAUAAACUUGCGAGAGGCGGCAGGUUGUCAUUUAUUGCAGCGCCGAGGGCUGGAGCAGAUACAGGAUUGACUCUCGAUAUGUUGAGUUUUUAUCGAGGAGAAAAGUCCCUGGUAGGGUGCAAUACAUUGGCAUAUGGUGCUGAGGAGCUCGCGGUUCAAUUGAAAGAAAUGGCGGAAAUUUUCGAAAAAGGGUUAUUAAAAGGAGCAGAAGAAGGAUCAUGGACAGAAAUCAAGUUGCAAAAUGGUGUUGAGGCAUAUGAGAAGGCAUCAGAAAGAAAGGCAGGAAAGUUUGUGAUAGUAAUGAAUUGAAUUUCAGGAUUCAUACAGCGAUUGUUACAACAAGGCUGUAAAUACCGAGUACGCAAGCACCGCCACGUUAUUGAGAUCGGUGUGCGAAGGAACGAAAAAUGUACUGCUGUUCAUUACCACGUUCUCGACUGCCACUACAGCUGCCAUUCUAAUAUUGGCAUGAUAUUAUUUGUAUGGUUUUUUAUUUUCA